AUGUCCGCCGAUGGAUCCAAGCUGAAUGGUUUAAAGACACAGUGGGCGGCAUUCAUCGCUCCCUUUGUUCCUGGCCGUGGACCAUCGCAAGGAUGGCGACCGAUCUCUUUGCGCCCGCCUUACUUGGCUUCACUCGUUUGUCUAAUGUUCACAAUAUUUCUCACGCUAGAAGGAUUACGGCGAUACAGUGACCGGAUGGGAGGGCUGGCCUUCUACGACGAUACCGACGAUGUCUCCGCCCUCGCAACGUUCCUAUACAAUGAUGUGCCCAUCAUCGCCGCUCUCAUCCUAUACAUGAUCUGGACCGUCACUGAUUUUGAUAUCCUCCGGUUAGAGCCGUAUUUCCAAUUGUCGCAGCCGGGCGGAGCCCCAGCCAUAAUCUUAUUCAUCAAUUAUAACUUUGGCCAGACAGUCCUCACUCCCAUUAAUGCCGCCCGUCGCCGCCACUGGAUCGUCGUAUGGGUCUCUCUGAUCACGCUUUCCCUUCGCAUGCUUCUACCCGCUCUCCAAGCCACCCUGUUUGAACUUCGUGAAGUGAAUCAGCUUUCGCAUGAAGACUUGAGAACGUGGCCUGACUUGGUCAGUUUGGACACGCAAGCGAAUUGGAUGUCAGCUCAAAUAAACGCCAAGCUUGAUUCUGUUUUCGCCCGAACAGUCCAAAGCACACGGUCCUCUAAUUAUGCCAUCGUGCCUGUUGAGUUUCCCGAUUCAGACAUUCGAUCAAACGAUCAGACUCUCUGGUCGAUGAAUUCAACCAUCUUCUGGGCAGAAGUCUCCUGCGAAAGUAUCAAUCAUGAUGAAGUCUUGGUCAAUGUUAAUUCGUCGACUGGUGGCUAUCCGACAGUCUCGUGGAAUACCAGUGGUGUUGAUAUUGGGGAUACGUACGGUAAUGGUAACGCGACUAAUUGCCGAUUGGAUUUCAGCUAUGAGAGCGUCUUUUUGCCGGGUUCAGAUUAUCUCCAAGUCCGCUACUGGGAGCCUGCCGCCACUCACGCAACGGAAAUUGAGUAUCCCAACCGAUCACACGCAUUCUCCUCCUCCGGGUGUGAUCAGCACGAUAUUUAUGGAAUGUUAAUUGGCGUCAAUGCGACUUCGAGCAACUCUUCAUCCGAUACCAAAUAUAUCGCCUCUGGAACCGCCCUCGCAUGUGAAAUCAACUACUACAAAGCAGAUGCUCUCGUCAACAUGCAUUCCAACAGCUCUAUCUUCUCUAUUGAGAUCCAUCCAACUACAAAACGCAGUCUGACAUCUAAUGAUUUCAACAUCGACUAUUUCGAGGCAAUUCUUUUUGAACAGGCUCCUUAUACCAGUGAUAUGAUUUUUCUUCAAACAAACUCCUCCACCGGUACCUUGACCGAGACCGAGCUACCCGCAGUUAGCGAACAGUCCGGCGAUUUUAGCUCAUUACUUGUGUCAGAAAUAUCUUCCCUUAUGACAGCAGCUCAAUUUGAAAAAACGAUCAAUUUAGAGGUGAAACAAACAUUUUCAAUGACUGUUGGCCGCCUGUUUGACCACACUUCAGUUAAUGUCACUGCAAUCCGCUCUAAAAGCCAAGUGGCCAUCAGCAUCGUGACAUUUGCUGCGCUAUGGUCUGAGGCUAUCUUGCUCUUGGCAGUCUUCACAACCAUAUAUCUGCUAUUUCUAUACCGUACAAGGGAGACGUUUCUGCGGAGCGAUCCUGGCUCUAUCGGUGCGAUGUCCAGCAUUGCUGCCGACGUUUUCCACCCUUCUAAUAUCUUGGCUCGUCCGCAAGUGGAAUUCCACCAAUUUUCAACAGGUCAACUGCGCCGUAUAUUCAAAAAAGCCUGGUGUCGUUGGGUCUCAGACCCUACUGGAAAUCGACUAGAAAUUAUCGCGGAAGACGGCUCACCGGUCCAGCUUGGAGAGGAUCUGCGAGUACAUGCUGAUCCAAUGCCACAUUUCCUCCUCGUACCAUUCUUUCUUAUCGAGUUCUUGGCUCUGGCGGGAGUGACAAUUCUCAUGUGUCUGAUCAUUUCGUCUCUUGCGCGCGAUGGCAAAUUCAGCCAUCUUGAUCAAUCCAGUUCCAGUGCACUUCAGGCCAUCCUCUCCAUCCUCCCUGCUAUUGUGGCCUCGACUGUUGGCUCUCUAUGUACAUCAAUCCACCGGAAUCUCAGUGUCCUUGAGCCUUGGGUUCAUCUUCAGCGGGGAAUGGCUUCAGCCCGUACCUCGCUGUCACUGAAUUACGCCUCACAGAGUCCGUUCGCUGUUUUUCUCAAAUCUGUCCGCGAUAGACAUGUGUUACUGGUAUUUGUGUCCUUCGCAUGUGUUUUAAACAUGGCUCUCACCGUAGUGUCUGGUGGUCUUUUCACUCAGAAAUUAGUCACGUCAUCCCUCCCAACGAAUGACUUGACCAUGAACUACAGCCAAUCCGUUUUGUCACAUUCGAACUUUGCCGCCGCAUUCACUGAGUAUGAUUUGAUCCAAACAAGUAUCACUAGUGGGGUUCCGAUCCUGCCCUGGUCGAGUCCUAGUCACGCUUUCGUUCCACUUCACCUGAACAAUCCAGACUCCAGCGCUACUUAUAGGUCUACUACUCUCGGUAUUGGAUCCAAUCUGGAGUGCCGCUCGCUAUCCCCUAGCCAGGACUACGUCCAUAAUAAAACCUCAAACGCCCAUCACUGGCGAUAUUUUUUAUUCAAUGACCCUUCCACGGAGUGCAGAGCUAGCAUGAGUGUCCUCAAGAACGAAGACGCGGGUAUUUCGCUGUCUAUGCACUUUCUUGCGCCGGACGGAAAUCAAACCGACGCUUGUCGUACGUCCUCUGUUCUCAUGGUUGCUCGAUGGAACUAUUUAUAUGCCGAUCCAGUUACCAGCAAUAAUACCGUCGCAUUGCAGUGUCAACCGCAAGUACUAUUGCAGAACUACUCUUUGACUUUUGACAUGAGGGGACAGGUGCUCACCCACCAUCAUGUUCCGAACACACUCAUCACAGAGGGUGAAUUGUACAACAAUGCAACUGUGAGCCUCGGUCAGUUUAACAAGGUGUUCUCCGCUAUUCCAGAGAGGUAUGUGGGUAAUACGACUUCCAACGGUUCAUAUAGCAUCUCGUCCUACGAUUGGGCGGGUUUUCUCGUUGCGCGUCUUUACGAGCGCGAAGAUCCUGACUUUGACUCCCUGGAACCUGUCCGUCUCAUAAAAUUAAGCCAAAAAGUGUACCAAUGGGUGUACGGUACCUACUUUUCGCUAUGGCGCGACGUCUAUCUCGAACCUCUGGCCAAACCUAUCCCUGCAGUCGACGCGAUUGUAAUCAAAAGCUCUUGGUUCCUAGUUUCGUCAGUGCCACUACUAAUAAUUGGCUUGGUCAUCAUUGUGUUUGACACAUUUGUAGUUUUGGUCGUCUUCGGGACCCGUCGAGGCCGAUUCAAAGGUCCCCGACUGCCUCGGUCAAUCGGUAGCAUCAUUCCCUGGAUUGUACAUAGUCGGAUGCUCCGUGACUUUGAAGGCACGCAUUCAUGGACAAACACUCAGCGCAGCGACCAUCUUUCAACUUUGAACAAGAGAUAUGGAUUCCGCAUGUUUAUGAGUCCGGACAAUCGCUGGCGAUUCGCCGUGGAAGAGGAACUAGCCGAGUCAAAGCCACUCGAGGAGUCUGUACAGGAUACGGACGCUGCCAAGACCAUCGCGAUUGAAUUGAAUGAGCUUCCAGGUCCUCACUCAUGCAAUCAAAACUAA